CUCGCCGUCUUCGAGACUUGGACAUUCGAGAUUCCUCCUCUCCACCGAUUACCGCUGACGACACCAUGAGAAUCCUGCUGGUGAGCAUUCUUCUGGCGGUGACGGCCGCCAAGCCGCGGCAGGUGUCUCCUCUGGACCAGUGGGUCACUGAGGCCCCUGGCGGUAAGCCCGAGGGACAGUGGAUCACUGGCGCUCCCGCUCCGGGACGUAAGCCUGGGUUACAAUGGGCCUCUGAUGAGCUUGCCUCCGACAGUCGCAAACCAGAGAUCCCUGUUGACGACAACUUCGAGUACCGCAACCCGUCAAUCACCGACGACGGCCGUGAGCUGUUCGAAUCGGACAUGGUGCUGACGGCCGAGCAGCGCGACGGCCGUCAGGCGGCCACCAACCUCUGGACCAGCCCGGUCAGCUUCGCCAUCAGCUCCAGUUCGUCCGCCGACCGGACCGCCAUCCUGGCCGGAAUCCAGCACUGGCGGGACCACACCUGCAUCGAGUUCAACGAGGUGGCCGAGGGCUCCAGCGUGCCGCACAUCAACGUCAUCAAGUCGACCGGCUGCUGGUCCCACGUCGGUCAGAUCACCUAUUCCGGAAGUCAGGACCUCAGCAUCGGCUCCGGCUGCACCUCUCUGGGCACGGUGGUGCACGAGUUCGGCCACGCCAUGGGCCUGUCGCACCAGCAGUCGCGCAACGACCGCGACAACUACGUCACAAUCCUCUUCGAGAAUAUCCAGGACGGGAAGGCGUACAACUUCAACAAGAAGUCCACGCCCAACAACUACUCGGUGCCGUACGACCUGUCCUCGGUGAUGCACUACGGUAGCACUUACUUCACCAAGAACGGCCAGGACACUAUCCGUGUCAACAACUUCCUGCAGGGAGGUCUGAUCGGCCGCCGUGGGGGACUGUCGCACCGUGACAAGCAGAUCGCCAACGCCAUGUACAACUGCGCCGGUAGCUGCUCCAGUCCGCCCACCUGCCAGAACGGCGGCUUCGUCGGCAAGACCUGCACGUGCGUCUGUCCGCCCAACACCUCCGGCGCCAACUGCGAGACGCUCAACGGCAGCUACUACCCGGGGGUCGACUGCGGGAACAUCGACAUGACACAACCGGGCACCAUCACCACACCCAAUUACCCCAACAACUUCCCCAAGAACGUCGUCUGCUGGUGGGUCAUCAACGCACCGGCCGGCCAGCAGGUCAAGGUCACCGUCACCGACAUGAAGAUGUUGUACCGCUCCAACGGUAACUGCUACUGGGACUUCCUCGCUAUGCGCUACUCGGGCAACGACUUCGUCAACGACCAGAAGGCGUGCAACGAAGAGCUGAAGGGUCAGAGUUUCACCUCCACCGGUAACCGCUUCAUCAUCCAGUUCCAUUCGGGUAACUACGGCUGGUACCGCGGCUUCUCAGCCAACGUCGAGUUCCUCGGCACUCCGGCCACCACGGCCGCCACCACGACCGCCACGACCCCCACGACCAGCGGCCCGACCGUGCCGGCCCGCAACUGCGCCGGCACGCGCCGGGCGCCACUGCAGCGCGUGUAAAACACAUGAUCGGCACCUGUAGCCAGAAUACGUGUAAUCCACACGUGUUUGGAGCCCACACGUACCGAAAAUACAUUGUCUAAUGCAAA